CGAGCGCUGCUUGCCCCAACACUAGCGGGGUGGCCCCGCGAGAGGCCGGCGGGCGCUGGGCCCAGCCAGGAGCCGCAGCCCCGGCCUCGCGCGAUCGCCGGGCGGGGCGAGGGUGCGGCCUUCUGCGGGCCCUUGAUGCGGUUGAGGCCGCGUGGGCCAGAGAGGAGCCCGGCCCGGCGGCGGGCGCUGUAGGAGGCGGCGGGGCCGCGGGCCCGGGCCGGUGACUGCGGCGCCCCUACGAUGGACGCCCUAGAAGAAGAGAGCUUCGCGCUGUCCUUCUCCUCUGCCUCUGACGCAGAAUUUGAUGCUGUGGUUGGAUGUUUAGAGGACAUUAUUAUGGAUGACGAGUUCCAGUUAUUGCAGAGAAACUUCAUGGACAAGUACUACCAGGAAUUUGAAGACACAGAAGAGAAUAAACUCACCUAUACUCCCAUUUUCAAUGAAUAUAUUUCCCUGGUAGAGAAGUACAUUGAAGAGCAGUUGCUGGAGCGUAUCCCAGGCUUCAACAUGGCGGCCUUCACAACCACACUGCAGCACCAUAAAGAUGAAGUGGCUGGUGACAUCUUUGACAUGCUGCUCACAUUCACAGACUUUCUGGCUUUCAAGGAGAUGUUCCUCGACUACAGAGCAGAGAAGGAAGGCCGAGGAUUGGACUUAAGCAGCGGCUUGGUCGUGACUUCCCUGUGUAAGUCAUCUUCUGCGCCAGCUUCCCAGAACAACCUGCGGCACUAGGUCCCACCUUCACAUGGGUGUGAUUGAUAUGACGUCACCAGCCCAGCGGGCUGAGAAAUAUGGGCGAAUGAUGAGGAUGCAUCCUGCAAAGACCCACUGUGCCACAGCCCUUUGUUCAUGUGAAGUAUUGAUAAGUCCUGGAAAACAUGACUGACCCUCCUGGCCCUUGUCCAGAAACUCCUUCCUGUAGUCAGCAGCCCUCAUGCUCCCCGCUCCAGCACCCACACAGACGCCUCUCCCAGGUGCUUCUGAGUGGCUCCUCUGGAGCAGGCCCGGGUUGGCCACCUCUCCUGGGGGCUCUUCCCCAGCAACAUGGUAGUGUAGUGUGUCGACCGUGUGGACACCACACCGUUGUGAGCCCUACAUCCUGCUGGCUUUAGCGAGUCUUUGUUCUCCCAGUUUUCACCUGGGUCCGUUUCAGGCCUCAGCCUCAAUGGGGCUUUUGUUUGGGCAUGUUGAUCUAGGGAGUUACAAACCAGCUCCUGUCCUGGUUUCUGAGUCUCCUGCGAUUACAGCUUGAGCGGCUGUAGGGAUCCACUGAGACUGUCCUCUACCCACAAGUGAAAAUGAACUCCCAACCUUUCACAGCGACUCCUGCUGGUCUUGAUGUAGCCCCACUGUUCUCUAUGACUCUAAGCAUUAUUUUUAAGAAACUUAUUUUUAUAGAUGAAAACUCAGGCUAACCUAGUGAGUGUGAUCUUGGGACGCCCAUGAUCAACCACUUAAAGAUCAAAGUAUUAUAUGCUGUGUGCUUUUUAGCUGUUAGUGCUGCGAGUGCAGAUCUGCUUUCUGAUUGGUGCCCCUUGUUGGGCACCAGUACAAACAGGCUGUGUGCUAGAAAUGGGCCACAGCUGUCAUAACAACAUGCUGGUGUGCUUGUGCAUGUUUGUGUGCUGUCCUAUCACAACAGUGUGCUGGGUGUGCUUGUGCAUGCGUGUGUGUAGUCCUUCGUGUAGGCCAGUGAGCUGGGUUUUUUAUUGGGGGGGUAGGGACUCUGCUGUUUGUUUUUGUACAAUCUCUCUUGCUAAGUUGGUGCUCCCUGAUCCAGCUCAAGCUGGGGGGAGGGGCAGGACACAGAUUUCUGGUCAUCUGUCAUCCUUGGUGGACUGCCACCAACCAGAAAGCAUGUGUGUCACAUCUCUAGAAAGAAGAAAAUAGUUCAAAUCCUAAUGUAUAUUUUUGAUUCUAACUUUUAUAGUAAACGUACAGAAGCCUCCACGCUGACGGCUUUCCAUGUGACCAUUCUGACUUAAGGGAUGUAAGCUAAGCUCUGGGUUUUUUCUGUAGCUGUGUGUCACUUAGUACUUUUGUAAAAUGAGUAAAAUUUGAGGUGUUUGGCAAGAAUAA